CCUGUUAUUAAACGCUGUAUUCUCUCUUCGGACGCGGUGUUAGUGUGUGUGGACAGAGGAGUCAUGGCUCAACGCUCUGUGUGGUGUGUGUUUGCUCUGCUGGCACUGCUGCUGCCUCUGGAAGUCCUGUCUCAGGGGGACUUAGACCUGUCGGAUGCUCUUGCUGGUAAUGAUGAAGACAGUAAGUCAUUGACCCCCACACCAAAACCAGGAGCACCAGCAGGUGGACCAGGAGGAGAGUUGAAACUUGAUGACUUCUUUGAUGACCCUGUCACCACCAAAGCUCCACCCAAAGUUGUGCCUAAGCUCCCUGUAGCAACCAAAGCCCCAGUCAAGCCCAAACCUAAGCAAGCUGCUGAUGAGUUUGACCUGUCUGAUGCCUUGGACCCCAAAAAUGACAUUGGUGGCAAGGAUAAGAACAAGGGGCAGGGAGGUGGGUUUUCAGACAGUGACCUGGCUGGUGUUGGGAAAGAUGACACCUACAAACCUGACAAAGGCAAAGGUGGACGUCCCAGUGGUGAUAGUGAUCACAUUAAUCAGUAUGAUGACAACAGUGAGACCACAGCAGAGGUGGGAACCAUUGCAGGGAUCGUUAGUGCUGUUGCCAUGGCGCUGGUAGGUGCAGUCACCAGCUACAUCUCCUACCAGAAGAAGAAGCUGUGCUUCGGUAUACAGCAGAGUCUGAACACUGACAUGGUGAAAGCUGAGAACCCUGAAGCUGUGGUGGCUACAGAACCACAAGUCCAACAGACUCUCCUGGAGCCACCCAACGCUGAACCCCCCACUGAAGAGAAUGUUGUGUAACACACACACACACACACACACACACACACACACACACACACACGCACACACACACACACACACACACACACACACACACACACACACACACACACACACACACACCAUGCUACAGGAUAGGCUGUCCUAUGUGUGGUAUGUCCUUGUUGAUCCAGCAGUAGCUGGGAAUUGUAGUCCUUCUACACUGAAUGUGAACACGAUUUUUUUUAUCCUCUGCUGUAAACAUGGCGGUGUAUUGAACUUUGCCAAAUGUAUGUGUAUAUAGUAAUUUAUUGUUCAUCCUUUAAACACCACUAACAGCAUUGGUUAACAGUUACCGGCCUUCAGCAUGUGAGUUCUCCUCUGUGAGCUGCAGCUUCAGUCUGCUGAGCUCCACACUGUGAAGCUGGAAUACUGACUCACUGAAAAAAAAGCAACAGAUUGGCUUCUUGUUUAGUUGGAUUAAGUGUUUCAAGUUAAUAUGAUUAUUAUGUUGGAGAAUGAAACUUCUCUGGGCAUGUGUGGGUGUGUCUCAAGCUCCUCAAGAGUUCACAUGGAGUCAAUCAUCAUACGGGCAAAUGAAUUUAGUAUUUUCUUUACAUUGUGGAACAUGUUUAGGAAGCUGAAGGUCCAGUGAAUCAGAAGGAUUCUGUUUGCUUUGCCCCGGGCUCUGUGACACGCCCACUGUUCUUUUUAAUGGUGGCUUUUAAUACGAGCGGAAGAUGUGAAGUUUAAUCAGGAAUUUCCUGACUUUGACUGGAAUGCAGCAGUUCUCAGUUUUCUUUUGGAACAUCAGAUCACACAUCAGGUUUGCUUGUUGAUGCACAAUGAUGAAACAAGGGAAAAAAAGGCAGAUCAUGUAAUAGUCUGAUAUUACAGUAGCCACUUAUUGAUUAGAGAAGUAACAUGUUAAACUGAGGGUGAGGUACAUAGAACUGGAGUUAUUGCAUCUAACAAUAUUAAUAUCCAAUUAUGUUAUUAGUAUCUCUUGAUCCGACAAAAUGUGACAUUUUAUUUCAUUUAUUUCAUCUUCAGUUGACUAAAUAAUAAUGAUGAAAUCUGAAUUCAUGAUUAUUAUAAAGUGUUAUUUAUUAAUAAUCAGUGAUCAUUGAUAUUUCCUUACAGGCUUCAUUACAUUUGGUACAUGCUUUGCCCGCUGAUUUGUAUUAGUUUACUGUUAGUUGUUGACUAGUAAACAAAGGUACAUACUCAUAGAACUGGAGUUAGGACAGGUAACUGCUGUUUACAUCAUAUGACAGUUACAUCAUUAGUUGCUACGUUCUACUCCAUCUCCUCCCUCUUCAUGUUGUUUAUCUUAAUGUACAACGUUGCCUUAUUCAGAUUGGGAUCUUUUUGCAGUGGGGAAAAAUAAGGCGUCGAAAUUUUCUGUCUAUUUAGAACCUGUGACUUUUUAUAGUGUAAAUAGCCUAAUAUGAAAUGUUUUUUCAACUAGUCUUUACUGACGAUGCCUAAUGAAGGAAGCCGGGAGAAGCUUGGUUUUCCAAAGUGGUGAUGCUCAAAUAACAGUCAGACAAACAGUCAGUAAUCAUCAGCCCUGUAACAUUAACAGUUCAGGGUCUUCACCGUAGCACCAAAUAUGAAGCAGAAACAAGGACUCACCACACUUGAUGUAGCAAAAAAAAAAAAGAAGAUGCUAGCUAAAUCAGUUCCUCUGCAGUUUGAGCUUAAAAUGCAGUGUGUGCUUUUUCCUCUCAGUGAAUAUGAAGGGGAUUUCCUCCAGUGGUGAACCAGAGACAACCACAGCGGCAUGAAAUGUGACUGCUACAUGCUAGCUUAUAUUAUUUGUCUAGUUUUGUCCUAAUAUUGUAGUGCCAUGAUCACAAUAAUUCCAAAUCCAUCUUUCUCCUACGGUGGCCAUUUUGAAUUUAUAUGUAGUGAGAAAGUGUACUGGGUUGAUAGGUAUAAAAACUAGCUAGCAGCUAGCAAGCUAGCAGCUGUAACAACA